CGGUCAUCUCCUCACUGCCAAAGCAGACGGUGCGCACCCCGCUCCACGGCGCACCUUAGACCCUCCCUGGCCUCGCUGUCAGCUACGUACGCCAUGUGACCCGGACAGCAACAAGAAACCGACAAAGGGCCUAUCGUGCGCACCCCCCACUGUUACUGUGCGCACCUUCUAUGAAAACUACUGCUCGCUUUCACGGUAAUUAUCGUUUACGCAUUCGUACAGGUUUGGAGUGUAAUUGUCAAGUGUUCUGCGUCGCUUUCGAUUUCGCAGUGGAGGCGUCUUGUUGUUCUUGGAUAGAUGGAUUGCUUUGACACUUCAAUGCAUUUUGCUGCGGUGAAACCCUAACUGUUGCUUUCAGAUUUCGCUUCGUAGAGGCUUUGAGCUGAGGAAGCUUUGUUUGGAAGAAUAUGUUUGGAUUCUCUCGGAGACGGAUGAAGCUUGGGAGAUUGAAGGUUCAGCUUUCAGACACUGCCCAGGGAACUAGAAGUCCAAUAAGACAUCCAAGACGCAGCAGCACUUCCAACGGUGAUGCUGCUCCUUCAGUCAGUAAUGCUGAUAAACUCAAUGGUCAAUGUCCAUCUGCUGCACCGGAGCUUAACCACUGCACUUCUGGAAACGCUGAGAACUGGAUGGUGCUGUCAAUUUCUGGGGACAAGCCUACGCCUCGCUUUAAUCAUGCAGCAGCUGUAACUGGAAACAAGAUGGUCAUAGUUGGUGGUGAAUCUGCAAAUGGACUCUUAGAAGAUGUGCAGGUGCUGAACUUUGACGGAUUCUCAUGGACCACAGCUUCAUCAAAGCUUUACCUUUCGCCAAGGAGCCUACCACUGAAGAUUCCUGCAUGCAAGGGUCAUUGUUUGGUUUCUUGGGGGAAAAAGGUGCUCCUUGUUGGAGGGAAAACUGACCCAGCAAGCGACAAAAUUUCAGUUUGGGCAUUUGACACAGAAUCUCAGUGCUGGUCACUUAUGGAAGCAAAGGGAGAUAUUCCGGUUGCUCGCAGUGGUCAUACCGUAGUCAGGGCAAGCUCUGUUUUGAUCCUUUUUGGAGGCGAGGGUGCUAAAAGGAGGAAACUCAAUGAUUUACAUAUGUUUGAUCUAAAGUCUUUGACUUGGCUCCCUCUUCAUUGCACAGGACCAGGACCAUCACCAAGAUCUAACCAUGUGGGAGCUCUUUACGAUGAUAAAACGCUUCUAAUUUUUGGGGGAGUAUCAAAGUCCAGGACUUUGAAUGACUUAUACUCACUCGACUUUGAGACAAUGGAAUGGUCAAGAAUUAAGAAUCGAGGUUUCCAUCCAUCACCAAGAGCUGGCUGCUGUGGAGUUUUGUGUGGAACUAAAUGGUAUAUUGCUGGGGGUGGUAGCAGGAAAAGACGGCAUGCUGAAACUCUGAUAUUUGAUGUUUUAAAGCAUGAGUGGUCUGUUGCUGUUGCAUCACCUCCAUCAUCUGUCACCACCAACAAGGGCUUUAGCCUUGUUCUGGUCCCACACAAGGAAAGGGAUUUCCUUUUAGCAUUUGGCGGAUCCAAGAAGGAACCUUCAAAUCAGGUUGAGGUGCUGGUUAUGGAAAAGAAUGAAUCAUCAAUGAGCAGGAGACUAGUUCCCAUUAAAGGCUCACUACUUUCAGUCUCUGAUAACCGCAUGUCACAACUAAGUAAUAGUGUCCUCCCUGAUGCAGUUGACACUGCUAUAAAACAGAAUCUGGCAUCUGCAAUUGAGCAUCAUGGAUCUGGUAGGAGAUCUUUGUCUGAGUCCUUGCUUGCAGAUCCAAAUCCUGCCUCUGGUAAUAUCUUGCUCCGCAAGCAAUUUCAUAGUGACGAAUACAAUAUGAAUCCGAAGAUGGCAAAGAGUUCGGAAGAUGGAAGUCCUAUACAGGUAGUGGAGCUGCGAACAAAACAGCUUGAUAUGGGUAUUCAUACUAACAAUAAUGGAGUCAAAGCCAAUGCUGAAGAAACACCAGCACUUGAGUCUGAAACUAUGAGUGCUCAUGAUAAACAAGUAAAUGUAGAUCUUGCACCUGAUGGUGAUGAUGUAGUUGUGUUACUGGAAACUGAUAAGUCUGUAGGGCAGUCAGCUCCUUCGAGUUUCUAUCAACUGUAUGAAGCAAAAAUGUCCGCCUUAAUUAAAAAGAACGGAAUUCUGGAAGGGCAGCUGGCAGCUGCGUUGGCUAGCCGUGAAGCUACAGAGAGGAACUUAUCUUCUGUUAUCAAAAGCAGACAAGAGACGGAGAAAAAACUCUCUGACAGCAUGAAGGAGAUGGAAUUGCUGAAAGAAAAAUUGGCCGGAGUUGAGCUGGCGCAGGAAGAGGCCAACAACCUGUCAAAUAUGGUCCACUCUGACAAUGUACGACUUGAGCACGAUGUUGCUUUCCUCAAGGCAGUUUUGGAUGAUACGCAGAAGGAGUUGCAUUCUACUAGAGGAGUACUUGCAGGAGAAAGGGCAAGAGCAUUCCAACUACAGGUUGAAGUUUUCCAUCUGAAACAAAGAUUGCAAUCACUGGAAAACCGGGCACCAACCCCGAGGAAACCUUUUCAUGUAUAGGCGUCCAUUGUGUCUGAUGUUUCUGUACAUGUAUAUGCGUUAGCAUCAUUAUGUUGAGACUUACUCUUUUGUAUGUGUAUUUACGAUUUACCUACCACUCAAAUCAUCUAUCUUUAGCUUUUCAGUCU